ACUCGGCGCAAGUUUCAUCGGUGUGCUAUUGUGUACCAUUUGCAGGGAGCAGUCGGAGCAAUGGCUGCAGCAAUCCCUUCGAGAACAACCGGCGGUGGCGGUGGAAGGAGUUCGAGCAGAGAAGGUGCGGCGAAAGCUACGGUGUCCGAUCAGAUUUCCCAGGCUGUUCAAUCCACAUCCAAUCUCCUCCAUCUCAUGCAACAAUCGUCUUCUUCUCAGGCACAAAUAAUAAAGCUCCCAAAAAACCUUUUGGCGAAAACCUCUACAAUCAGGAAUACUGGGCAAGUAUUGGAGCAUAUGCCUCGGGUAAUUUCAGCUUUAGAUGCACACAUGGAAAAUGGAUUGCAAAGUGUUCCUCAUCUGAAGACAGUAAGUCAGUUGCUUGUAAAUAUGGAAAGCUGCCAGCUAAGUGCUCUGUCUCAAGCCCAUCGUUCCCAAGAGGUAAAAACUCUCCUCCCUCCUUCCCACCCAGUUAAUAUCUAACUUGUCGAACAAGGUUGCAAACAAUUUUGAUAAUUUGUGUAGUUUGAUAAAAUCACUCUGAAUGAUUAGUUAAGACUGCAUUGAGCUUCUUUCUAAAAUUGAAAGCUUUAGUGUCAGUUUGAUUUAAUUCUCUUUCUAAUUUUUUAGUUGGAGGAAACCUAAUCACAGAGAGCUUUAGUGAUCUUUAUUUCAUUUACUUCUUUCUCUUUAUAUAUAUAUUUGUUUUGUAGGAACCUCAUGAAGUGGACCAACCUCCAGUGGCAGACUAGCAGACCAACCUUUGGGACAAUGUCGAUACGAACCCAAAACAACAGGUAUACUUCGUAUAAUUCAAGCAAGCAAGAAGCUAAAGCCUUGUCAAAUGUGUGCAAAUUAGGAGGCAGGCAGACAGGAUAUUUUUUCAGCUGGGCAGUGCCAUAGAGAUCAGAUGUGUGAUUUUUUAAUGCAUUUUGAGUGCUUUUAGCAUCUCUGCUAUACACCCUAUAGGGUAGGCUGGACAUUUAAUAUGAUAUUAUCCAUUGUGCAAAGAAUCCAUCUUCAAUUAAGUAAUAUCUGCCGUUCAAUGAA